GUUCUAGCUGAGGAAACAGUCUCUUUGUUAUGAUGCCAUCCCGUAACAAUGUAACUACUGGGAUUCCCAGUAGUAAAGUGAAAUACUCUAAGCUUUCUAGCACAGAUGAAGGCUACAUUGAUCUUCAGUUUAAGAAGAGCCCUCCCAAGAUUCCUUACAAGGCAAUAGCACUUGCCAUAGUGCUAUUUAUGAUUGGCACCUUUCUCAUUGUUAUAGGUGCUCUGCUGUUAGCUGGAUAUAUCAGCAAAGGGGGGGCAGACCGAGCCAUUCCUGUCCUGAUCAUUGGGAUUCUGGUAUUCCUGCCAGGAUUCUACCACUUGCGCAUUGCCUACUACGCUUCCAAAGGCUACAGAGGCUACUCUUAUGAUGAUAUUCCGGAUUUUGAUGACUAGAGGCUACUUUGGUCCAGAAGAAAACAAAUGUUGGGAAUAAGCUUAGCACUGAAAGGCUGAACCCAUGGAAAUUUAAACACCAGUGGGUUAGAGAAUUCUCUAGUUCUAUAGCUAUUUUACUAAGAUUAUUGCUAGGCUCUCUUAGGAUCAUCCCAAAGAUGUUAACUGAGCUUGCAAUUAGAGAAAUAAGACAUCUUUUUCUUUACCUCUUGUUCUGAGCUAAGGUUUUUGAAGAGGCAGCUUUUCCAUAUAUAUACAUAUAUAUAUGUAUGUGUGUGUGUGUGUAUGUGUGUGUGUGUGUAUAUACAUGAAUAUAUAUAGAGACAUAUUCAGAAGCAGUGAAAAUAGUAAUAGAAUCACUCCAAAAAUAGUUUUUGUAAGAAAUGCCCUUUUUAGGCUGAGGUUUAUCACCAGGUUGACUGUAUAGUGAUGAAUUUUUAUAUUCCAGCAGCUUUCAAGACCACAUAGAGGUGUAGAAAAGUCACUAUAUAUCUACAAACACACACAUACUAAUACACAUUUGGUGAGGAAGUAGCCAAAUAAUGGUUUGGUUGAAAAAAGACCAAAUCUCCCAAACUUAAAUUGAAUAGUUUUGUGUUUUAGCCUUUAUUUUUGGAAGUAAUCUGGUUUUAACAUGUUUGUGUCAAAUAGAAAAUGUGUCUAAUUUUAUAUUGUUAAGUAAUUCUUUUAAAAACUCCAAAUGACUCCUUUAUCCCAUCAACUUAUUUCUUCUGCAGUCUUCCAGUAGAACAUCCCUUGAUAAAACUAUAAUCAAGUUGGUGAGAAUUCAUCAUAAUUCUCACAUGCCUUUUGGAGGGACACAAGAAUUAGGAAUUUUGAAAGUCUCAGAACAUUUUUUGCAGUUUUUUACCUUAUCAAUAUUUUUGCAAGACCUCAUCUAUUUCGUAGGUAUGCUGUCUAGCUUAUAUCAUGAGGCAUUUUUUCCUAUGAAGAUCAGGAUGUUCUGUGCUUAUAUCGUUCCUUUAAGAAUUGAAUUUUUGACUGUUUAGUAGGAUAGUUUAUUCCCUAUGAAAAAUAAGGUUUAGAUGAUCAUAAUUUAGUGGUUUUUAAAAAUUGCUUUAUUAGUACCUUUUAUCAUUGUUUUCUUGUGAAGAUUGAUCCAGACUCAAGGGGUCUCUUGAAGUCUAAGCUUGGUUAAUACAGUCUGAUUAUUUCAUUGUUUCAGGGAGUGUAAGUAUAUUUAAGAAAAAUUAAAAUGUCAAAAUCAGAGCUCUAGAUUUAAUAUGUGUAAAAGCUGUGCCUUAUAUUGGACAUUGUAAUAGACAUGAUUGAUUAUCAUGUUGGAUUUGAAUCUAUGAAUCAUAUAGAGAAUAUAUCCUUUUUCCUUUUGGUGAUACCAUCAGACUCUAAGACCUUGCUGUAUAACCAUACUUUUACUCUUACCUACAAUGAAUCGUUUUUACAUUUAACCAUUAGGCAUCUAAGAUCUAGUCAGUAACAUUUCAUUGAGUAUAAGUGAAGAGCAUUCCUUUAGGUACUAUUCCUAUUUGUAGCAAAAGCAGGCAAGUGGUACCAUUUCUGUGCUCAGGGAACUUACCUAUUAAUGGGAGAAACAACCGAAAAACAGAAAACCACGGAAGUAUAUUAAAAUGCAUUUUCUUCCAUAUAGAAAUAUGUCCCUGUUGAUUAUAAAAGUAAGACAGCUGCUCAGGGAAGGUUGUUGAAAUGACAGAAGAGACUGAAACCAGAUUGUGUUAUGUGAAGGCCUUGCAAAGAAGAAGGACAAGGCAUUCAAAGAAGAGAGGAGCAGCACGAAUGAGAGGCAGUAGUGGAGUGGAAAGAGCACAAGAUGGGGAAAUCAUCAUACUUAGGCUUGAUUCUUCGCUCCAUCCACUUGCUGAGUCACUUAUUAAUCUCUCAAUUUCUUCAUCAAUAAAAUUGUAGUGAUAGCACUUACACUACUUACCUCACAGGGUUGUUGUGAGGAAAAUUAUUUGUAAAACCUUGAAACCUAUAUGUGUGGCACACACCUAUACUGUAUAAAUAUGAGUUAUCUUAAUAAUAAUGAUUGGCGAAAUGGAUUAGGAGUCAAAAUGCCUAGAUUUCAGUCCUUGUGACCUCGGACAAGUAGUUUAACCUCUUUGAGCCACUUUUUCUUCAUCUGUAAGAUGAGGAUAACAUGAAUUCCUCAUAAGAUUUUUGUGAAGAUAAGAUCAUAUAUGUAAGAUAUUUAUAGAGUGCUAUAUAAGUGCAAUGAGCUCUUAUUGGGAAGGAAGAUAAAAAUAGAUGAAUUGUGAGAGAGGGUUCAGAGAAUAUCACAGAACAACUUCAGAAAUCUUGUCCGGGGAAUUUUAAUCUGGAAUCAACUUUUGGUAAAAAGUAUUUCAAUAACUAUUUUAAUGUAAUUGUUUUCCUUUGUGAUCCUAUGUAUAUUGUAUAUUUGACAGCAUUAUUCUGAGAAGUGAACUGUAGGUUUUAUCAGACUGUCAAAGAAGUCUGUAACACAGAUAAAGUUUAAGAACCCCUGUCUAAUCCAACCUCAACAUUUUACAGUUUAGCAAACCAAGCUCAGAGAGGAUAAGUGAAAACAUAAGAGGUUUAUUUAGCUGGUGUGGGUAGUUUAUGCUAGCCACUGGGCUUAUUAGAAAAGUAGAAUAGUUGAUGAGAGAGAUAAGAAGGACUGAUUAAGAUGUUAAUUUAAUUCAAGAGUUAGUGGAGGUGGCACUAGGUGGCUCAGUGGGUUGAGAACCAGGCCUAGAGAUAGGAAGUUCUAGGUUCAAAUUUGGCCUCAGACAGCUGUGUAACUCUGGGCAAGUCACUUAAUACCCGUUGCUUAGACCUUGUCAUUCUUUUGCCUUAGAACCAAUACACAGAAUUGAUUCUAAGAUGGAAGGUAAAGAGUUAAAAAAAAAAGUAGAGCAAAACUAGACCUUACCUUUCAUCUCUUUCCUAGUCUAAUGCAGCAGAUUUUGUGAUCAAUACGUGUUCAUUGGAUGAAUAAGACUUCUUAAGAAGAGUGAUUAAUAAAAACUGGUCAAAAUGCAA